AUGGCAUCGGCACCUAUAACAGAAAAUUGUGUUGAUACAAAUUCCACUUCAACAGCAGAAAAUCAAACCGUUCAUCAGAUACGACAAUUCGAUUUGAAAGUAGUACGCGAUGCCUUUGUUGAUUGUAUUCAACCAGAUCAAAAUCUCCUUCUUCAUGAAUAUGUCCGAGCAUAUGAUGAACUAUGCGUAUUUGUUUCAUCGCUCGGCGCUAUUUUUGACUGGGCAAUAAAAGAUCUAACUCAUAAAUUAGUCAUUCUUAGAGAACAUCAACGUCUCGAUCCGAUUAAUUAUCAUUCUAUUCAAUCAAUGAUUGCUCAUGAAGUCAAAACAGAUCGUGUCAAAACUAAAGACACAGCAUUGACGCUUCCAUCGGGAAAACCUUUACCCAAUGGUUCUCGGACAUUACUGAGGUUACACCGUGCACUUGCCUUCAUUUCAUCGUUCUUAAGUCAAAUGCGUUUGGCAUCGGACAAUGAAAGCUCAGCAGCAAUUGCAUGGAAUGCUUAUUCAUCCACGCUGGGUCAUUUUCAUUCAUGGCCUGUGAGACAUACAAUUCAUGCUGCUAUCAAAUUGACGGUGCCCGAUCGUGGUACAUUGAUUGACAAGUUACUUAAUAAGCGAAACCCGGACGAGAUUGAAACGAUUUCCAUUGAUAUUGUUGAAUCCUGCAAUCUUAUUGAAAGCAAGACACAAGAAUUAUUCGAAAAGCACCACUUGACCAGAUUGCCUUAA